GUCUUUUGGAAACACACUAUGUUUUCCUCAUUAUCAAACUUCCAGGUGUCAUCUUCUAAUCAACCUCCACUUUUUACUAACCUUUCUAUUGAGCUAUUUCCUAGUGACUCUAAUGUAAAUACAUUUGAUGAGCUCCAUGAUGCCUCUCCACAUGCUUCACCUAGUUCUAUAGAAGAUGCUCUGCCUACUGGUAAUGCAUUAGAUAAUGGCAAGUCUUCUUCCCUUCCUUCUUCUGUAUCACCUAUUGGAUUUGACCUUGUUGAGCCCGAAAAUGAGAUCCUUAAUCCACCUUCAAGUCAUUCUACUCAGAUCAAAACUCAAUCUGAUGGUUCUGUGGAGCAUUACAAGGCUCAUUUGGUUGCUAAAGGACUUACUCGAGAAUAUGGGAUUGAUUACGAGGAAACCUUUGCAUCUGUUGCUCGUCUUACUUUAGUUCGUGAGGAAAUUUACAUGCAACCACCUCCUGGACUUGAGCAUCCUCCAAAUAAAGUUUGUUGAUUGAAGGGAGCUUUAUAUGGUUUGAAACAAGCACCUCAAGCUUGGUUUGCCAAGUUUAGCACCACCAUCAAUGAGUUUGGUUUUACUUCUAAUCCUCAUGAUACUACAUUGUUCAUAUGCAAGACGAAUCAUGAUAUGGUUCUACUACUUCUUUAUGUUGAUAAUAUGAUCAUUACUGGAGAUGAUAUUUCAAGUAUUCAUGAUCUUAAGCAAUUUCUCAGUCAUAAGUUUGAGAUGAAAGAUCUUGUUGUUUUGAGUUAUUUCUUGGGAUUUGAGGCCACUUCUUCUGAUGGUGGUUAUCUUCUCUCAUAAACAAAAUACGCUUCU